AUGAAUCGUCUCCUCAUUCUCCUCGUUUUCCUCGUUCCACUAAUGACGGCGAUCUCGUUGAAAUUGAAUGUGAAAAAGCUGGUGAAAGGACUUCUUAAUGAAGUCGAUGCCGAAAAAUUUGAUCAAUUUGCAAACAAAUGGAAAAAGGACUAUGGAAAUACUGGAGAGGUUUUGAAGCGAGCGAAGAUUUGGAAGAAAAACAAAGACGACAUUGAAAAGGAAAACAAGAAAAAUCGCGGCUACACUCUGGUCGAGAAUUUCUUCACCGAUUUGGAUGAUGAUGAGAAAGCGAAACAUACGAUGAAAGCACAUUUUGUCACUGAUUUAAUCGAGGGAAUAAAAGAGGGAUUACCACCACGGAGAAAUUUGACGAAACCCCCGAGAAACACUCGAACGAAGAGAGAAACUCUCCCGGAAACUUCGUAUGAGGGUGCGGUGGAAGAUUGGCGAUGGUACGGCCUCGUUCCACCAGUCAAAGAUCAACGCGACUGCAAUUCGUGUUUCUCUUUUGCCCCAAUGGCCACCAUCGAAGUGCCGUUGAAUUGGGCGUCGAAUUCGGGUGCCAGCAAUGUUUUGUCCGAGCAGGAUGGACUUGAUUGUGCCGGGGCUGGUGAUUGUGAAGGCGGUGGAUACAUGCACAAAAUCUAUCAAUAUUCAAUGAGUGCAGGAAAUGCUGAUUCAUCUUUGUAUCCAUACACAGAAAGCGAUGGAACCUGUCAAACACAAAUCACGAGGCGAAACCUCAUCAAGGAUUACAAGAGAUUGACAACAGUGCAACAAAUGGAAGACGCCAUUUAUUGGAAUGGACCGAUCACUGGCGCGAUUCGUGUCCCGAACUCGCUUCACUCAGCCGGCACGGGAAUCUUCUAUCCCGAUCAAACGACUUGUGAUGCAACAGUGACGAAUGGACACACAAUGGCCAUUGUGGGAUACGGAACCGAGAAUGGGAUUGACUAUUGGAUCAUUCGAAAUUCGUGGGGUCCGAACUGGGCUGAAGGCGGAUAUUUCAGAAUGCGAAAGGGUGUCGAUAAUUGCGGGAUCGAGACUCGCGGUGUCUAUGUGCCGGUGAUGAUC